GAGAAUUAACUGAGAUUUGUCAGAAACCUUCUAGAGACUUCCUGCCUCAGCCUAAUUUAGUCUGUCUGUCUCUUAGAUCCGCUAGAAGCUGAUUGGUUGGUCGCCUGGUUGGUUGCACGAUGGGCAGAGAAAGAGGCAGAAUUCUGACCGGGGGGGUAGCUGAGCACUAGAGGAGGGUAAAAGGUCCCACUGUACACCCCUGGACCGGAACAGGAUGGCUCUUAAACAGACAGACAGACAGUAAACUGGGAGGCAUUAUAAACAAGCAUUACAAACAGACAGUCGUCAUUGUCAUUCCAGACUGUGUGAGAGUGAGAGUGAGAGUGAGAGAGAGAGAGAGAGAGAGAGAGAGAGAGAGAGAGAGAGAGAGAGAGAGAGAGAGAGAGAGAGAGAGAGAGAUAGGGGUAGAGAAGAGAGAAGCAGUCAGUCCUGUGUUGGGUUUGGUGCUGCCUGUCUGCCUGACGGGGACUGAGAGCGAGCGACGCAGCAAUUAGAGGAUCUGACUGCAUCCCCCUCAGCCUCAGCCUCCACUGGCAAGACUAGACAGAAACAAACAAACAGGUAGGGGGACUGCUACUAGAAGGGAAGGACAGGUUAGAUAGAGGUAGUGACAGCAAGAGUGAGAGAGAGGGAAGGAAAGAGAAAGGUAGACAGUGCAAAGGAGAGGGAUAGAGAGCAGGUGUCUGAAAUCCUCUCCCUCUGCUUGUAAUUUUCUCUUCUGUUUCCCCCUCUUCUUCUGGGAGAGGUAUUGGAUUUUGACAACGAUACUCGGAGCCGUCGAGGCCUUCCGCCGGUCCAGAGGGAAGGAAACAAGGGAAGGAGAGAGAGAAAGGGAAGUAGGGGGGCCCUUUUGGAUUGAAACAGACUCAUUUUUCAACCCUCGUGUUUUAUUUGACGAAGAGGCUCCUUCCACGUCUAUAGCUCUACUGAGGAGAGGGAGAGAGAUAAAGAAAGGGAAGAAGACAGCACAAUACCUUUUCUUUUCCUCCUUCUGUCUUUUACUCUCUACUUUUGUUGAGGGUGUCUGAAGAUUUUUUCUAUCCUCAUUUGUUGCUUUUUCUCUUCACCUCCAAAAGGAAUAUUGUUGCCCAGCUAUCACAGUCCAAGUACUGGAAUCUACCGUCUUGUCCUCUCUCUCUCAGCCCCCCACCCCUACACGGAGACAAUCCGGAACGCUGUGACAGCCCCACAAGCCCCCCCCCCCCCAACAGUGGAUUCUAUCUCCAUGCCUGUCGAGGGCUGUGCUGACUGGCUACUACACACAUAUAUGGUACACCGCUUCUGAUAUCGUCUGACUCAUUCUGUGGCGAGCAGGCAGCCAGCAGACCGUUCUCCAUGAGGAGCAGUAGAAGAUGCCGGCUCUGCCAGCGCUGCUGCUGUCGAUACACUUCUCCUCCUUCCUGCUAGUUACCAUGGCACCACGCUCCGGAAGCCAGGCCACCCUGCUCUCCUCUGUCCGGAUGGCUGCGAUCCUGGAUGACCAGUCAGUGUGUGGGCGUGGGGAGCGGCUGGCUCUGGCCCUGGCCAGGGAGAACAUCAACAGUGUGAUGGAGGGAGGGGCUAGAGCCCGUGUGGAGGUGGACAUAUUCGAACUGCAGAGGGACUCCCAGUAUGAGACCACUGACACCAUGUGCCAGAUUCUACCUAAAGGAGUGGUGUCUGUGAUAGGCCCUGCCAACAGCCCUGCUUCUGGCUCGACUGUCAGUCAUAUAUGUGGAGAGAAGGAGAUCCCUCAUGUAAAGAUAGGUCCAGAGGAGACUCCCAGGUUGCCCUACCUACGUUUUGCCUCGGUCAGUCUGUACCCUAGCAACGAGGACAUGAGCCUGGCCGUGGCAGCCAUCCUGCGAUCCUUCAGCUACCCCUCAGCCAGCCUGGUCUGCUCCAAGGCCGAGUGCCUUCUGCGAUUGGAGGAGCUAGUGCGGCGCUUCCUGAUCUCCAGGGAGACGCUGUCAAUCAGGAUGCUGGAUGACAGCCUGGAUCCCACCCCUCUGCUGAAGGAGAUACGAGACGACAAGGUGGCCACCAUCAUCAUCGACGCCAACGCCUCCAUCUCCUACCUCAUCCUCAAAAAGGCGUCAGAGUUGGGGAUGACAUCAGCGUUUUACAAGUACAUCCUCACCACCAUGGACUUCCCCCUGCUGAGGCUGGACGACAUAGUCGAUGACCAGUCCAACAUCAUAGGGUUCUCCAUGUUCAACACCACCCAUCCAUUCUACCUGGAGUUCAUCAGGAGUCUCAACCUGUCCUGGAGGGAGGGCUGUGAUCUCAUCUACCCCGGGCCUGCGUUGUCGUCAGCGUUGAUGUUUGACGCGGUGCACGUUGUGGUGGGGGCGGUGAGGGAGCUCAACAGGAGUCAGGAGAUUGGUGUCAAACCUCUCAGCUGCACCUCUCCUCAGAUUUGGCAACACGGCACCAGCCUCAUGAACUACCUACGCAUGGUGGAGUAUGAUGGUCUGACAGGCCAUGUGGAGUUCAACAGUAAAGGACAGAGGACCAACUACACCCUGAGGAUUCUAGAGAAACACCGCAGGCGUCACAGAGAGAUUGGUAUCUGGUACUCCAACAACACACUGGCUAUGAACGCCACCAGUCUGGACAUCAACGUCUCGGAAACACUGGCCAACAAGACCCUCAUCGUCACCACAAUAUUGGAGAGCCCCUAUGUGAUGCGUAAGGGGAACUACCAGGAGUACCAGAGGAAUGACCAGUAUGAGGGCUUCUGUGUGGACAUGUUAAGAGAGCUGGCAGACAUCUUGAAGUGCUCCUUCAGGAUUAAACUGGUGGAUGAUGGGCUGUAUGGAGCGCCUGAACCCAACGGGUCCUGGACCGGCAUGGUGGGAGAGCUCAUCAACAGGAAAGCAGACUUGGCAGUAGCAGGCUUUACCAUCACCUCUGAGAGGGAGAAAGUCAUAGACUUCUCCAAGCCCUUCAUGACGCUAGGAAUCAGCAUCUUGUACAGAGUCCACCUGGGGAGGAAGCCAGGGUAUUUCUCCUUCCUGGACCCCUUCUCUCCGGCUGUUUGGCUCUUCAUGCUGCUCGCCUACCUGGCUGUCAGCUGUGUGCUCUUCCUGGCUGCAAGGUUAAGUCCCUAUGAGUGGUACAACCCCCACCCAUGUCUGCAGGGGCACAAGGACAUGCUGGAGAACCAGUACACCCUAGGGAACAGCCUGUGGUUCCCUGUAGGAGGCUUCAUGCAGCAGGGCUCUGAGAUCAUGCCCCGUGCCCUGUCCACACGCUGCGUCUCAGGGGUCUGGUGGAUGUUUACUCUGAUCAUCAUCUCCUCCUACACGGCCAACCUGGCAGCCUUCCUGACCGUCCAGAGGAUGGAGGUGCCCAUCGAGUCUCCUGACGACCUGGCCGACCAGACCAACAUCGAGUAUGGCACUAUCCACGGGGGGAGCACCAUGACUUUCUUCAUGAACUCGCGCUACCAGACAUACCAGCGCAUGUGGAACUACAUGCACUCCAAGCAGCCCAGUGUGUUUGUGAAGAGCACGGAGGAGGGCAUUGCCCGCGUGGUCAACUCUAAAUAUGCCUUCCUCCUGGAGAGCACCAUGAAUGAGUAUUACCGCAAACUCAACUGUAAUCUCACCCAGAUUGGGGGUCUGCUGGACACCAAGGGCUACGGCAUCGGCAUGCCACUGGGCUCUCCGUUCAGAGAGGAGAUCACUAUGGCCAUCCUGCACCUGCAGGAGAACAACAGGCUGGAGAUCCUGAAGAGGAGGUGGUGGGAGGGAGGACAGUGCCCUAAAGAGGAGGACCACAGAGCCAAGGGUCUGGGCAUGGAGAACAUCGGGGGUAUCUUCGUGGUGUUGAUCUGUGGCCUCAUCAUCGCUGUGUUCGUGGCCAUCAUGGAGUUUGUGUGGUCGACGCGCUGCUCUUCAGAGACAGACGAGGUACGCCCUCACUCCUGCCCUCGCCGACACCACAGACCCACCCCAGUGUCUGUCUGUCAGGAGAUGAUCACAGAGUUCCGAAACGCCGUCUCCUGUAAGAAGAGUUCCCGUUCCCGUCGUCGCCGCCCCCUGGGCAAAUCCGCGGCCCUCCGCCACCCCACCCGCAUCGCCCUGGGGACCCAGCGGCCACUCCGCCUCGUACGGGAGAUGCGCCUCAGCAACGGCAAGCUCUACAGUGGCUCGGGACCCCUGACAGGGGGGCCAGGAGGGGGUGUAGGGGCUGGGGGAGGUCCCUCAGACAUGGGACCCGGGCCUCAGCGACUCCUGGAGGACCCUCUGGGGGCCAACACCACCCCUCCUCACCCGCCCCAGCCACAGGUCCCCGUGGCGCUCCCUCGCAGCUGCACGCACGUCAGGAUCUGCCAGGAAUGCAGGAGGAUCCAGAGCCUGAGGUCAGGGAUGGGGUCCACAAGGAUCCCCCCCUCAUCUGCACCCCUGCCGCGCCUGCCCCCUCCUCCUCCCCCCUCCUCCUCCAACACAGACAGCGAGGGGGGUGGUGGGUCUAGCCCCCGGCGGCUCCCCCACAGCACCCCUGCACCCUGCCUACCUAUACCACCCCCACAGAGCAGCACCGACACAGACCUUCUGGGAAGCAGGACUAAGACUGACGAUCUAGGAGGGGCUGGAGGGUAUAUGGGGGCAAGUUAAUGGUGACUUAACUGAUGUUUUGAGCUGCUCAGUGACACUAUUCUCUGACCCUCUGUACAUUGGCCUCCAGGAGGGAACUACAGGGAGAGAAGGAGGGAGAAAGAGAGAGAGAGAGAAUUAGAGGGCUCAAAGACGUUGUGAGACGUGUGAUGAAGCAAUGGAAAGGAUAUAUUUGCACAGAUGCCAAAAGACACACCCAUACAGAAGGAGAAAGAAGGAGAGACUUCCUUUGCUCUCCAGCGCUCUGCCCAGCUGGGUCUGAUGUUAGCCCAGUCUGUUCACACAACCAUGCUUUGCUGUGUUCUGACUUUGUGGUUUACUUGAAGAUGGCUGCUCGGUUCUUAUCUUGACUUACCAGUGGACCAAUCAGGACUGAGCUACACUGGAUAAAGUAGUCAGGUAACUCAUAUAAUUUGAUGCCAGACCUACUGGUUUCUCUGUUGGUCUCUCUCUGUUCUCCCCGCUCUCUCUCUCCAUCUCUCUAUCUUUCCCUUUCCAUGGUACCACAGACUCACCUAGAGCGUCCAGCUCUUCCUCUCUGGACAGUGACCACUGAAGGAGGAGUCCACAUCGAUCCUGGAGGACCUUUAAUCUAUAGAACAUACAACAACAGAAGACUUUAAAACUGACUCAGAGAAUUAUAUGAUUUUCCAGAUUUUUUUGUUGUUGUCUUUGUCGUUUGGUUACCAUUGUUCUAAGUGGAAGUUAAAGAAAAAUAAAGACUAUAUAUGUGA